UCGACUCAUCAGCCUUGAAUCGCCGUCGCCAGACUCAACAGGACCGCCGCCUGCUUGCAGGCCUUCUGAGGGGAACCUUAUUUCGUGAUGAUAAUAAAGAGACCCGUCGAAGAUACUAGAUGAAAGAAAAAUGUGUUGGACAUCAGACUUCUGGAACAUCAUCCUAAAUCUUUGUCUGGAAAAAGGAGCGACGCCUAGAAGUAUUUUGUAAUGUAAAUAGGUUUUCUCCUAUAACAUUCUAUUUCUGCUCUCCACCUCCCAGCCUUGCCGUGCUCACAGACAGUCGUUCGGAGUUCGUUCCUUCCCUCCGGUCGUUCCGGAGUGGAAACGUUGGUGCUCACAGCAUAAACAGACGGACCCAUUUACUUUAUGGACCUGUUGCCAGUGCUGCCUUGGUCACAGCCCUCCGAUUGGCUCAAAUAGAGGCUCAGGCCCAAAUUACUUUGAAUCAGCUCAAGGUUCUUGCGACAAUAACAUCUGCCAACCAGUGUCAUCACGGCAACAAGUUAUCAACACAACCGCCUCACCCAGCCCUCCUUAAUCGUAUAAUUAAUAUACCACAACUGUCUGGUGUCGGGCUAAACGCAUCAUCCGGAAACACAAACUACACAAACCCUCUGCAGUAUCAGUCAAGAGCCAUGUAUCACCAUCAGUCCCAGCAACAAGGGCCGCCGCAAGCUUUUACUAACAGACCAACACGCCCGUCUCAACAACAACCCGUUCAGCAGCAGCAGGGUCGCUCGGCCACUGAUAUUCUGUCCCAGGUGUUGGGUUUUCAGUUUCCUCCUCCGACACAGCUGCCCGAUGAGCUGGAGUCAGCCCUAGCCAUCAGGGGCUCAAGGGACAUGGACCACCGUCUCAUGGACCAUAUGAACCAACCAAACCCACACCAAAACCAGGGUUCAUCUGAGCCCAGUGGCUACACCAACAGCCCAGUGGGGUUCCCCCCUGAUAAUCAGCCAGGCCACCCGCAAGCGGUGGACUGGUCAAGAUACCCACCACCCAGUAAACUGUUUUCCGGUUCGUCAACUGCUUCCACCCACCAAGCUCAGAGACACCAGCUUCCUGGUGCACAGCAGCAGCAGAGACACCAGCUCCCUGGGGGGCAGCAGCCCCAGAACAUGCAGAGCUGGAGUGCCUCUGGUUCUCCCUCUCCUCAGGCACCAGGCUCUCAGAGUGGAGGCAAUGGUGGCAGAGGUGGAAGUGGUGGUCUGGACAUGCAGGGGUUAUACACCCCAGAGAGUGCAGGAAGCAUCCUGGCUAGCUUUGGACUGUCCAAUGAGGACCUUGAGGUGCUGAGUCACUAUCCCGAUGAUCAGCUGACCCCGGACACUUUACCAUUCAUUCUCCGGGACAUCCAAAUCAACAAGUCACGCAGCACUCAAGGCAUGCCGCCGCCAGCCUCCCGCUCCUCGCCCGUGAGGAUGGGACACUCAGCAUCCGCCAGCGUCUCCAGCCUCCUCAGGGUGACCCAGACAGCGGGCCAGGUCAUUGACUAUGGCCAUGCGAGUCGUGCGACUGAAGAGGGCGGUGGCAGAGAAACCUUCAAGCGUGAGCAGUUGUCCAACGAGAGAACUGUGAAGAUGGUUUACUCGGCGCCACCACCGCCGCAGCCCGCCACGACCAAACACAAAUCAGAAACGCAUGAGCGGCGUCACGUGCGUUUGGAACCUGCAGCUGAGUCAAACAAGCACGGAGAUCUGGACUACCGACGUCCAAGCAGCGAGAACCGCAAGGCCAAAAGGUCCCCCGCGAGAGAGUUUGCAUCCAAAUAUCUCCGUCCGGAUCGUGAUUACCGGCGGGACGGAGCCGAACCGAGGCCGACGUCUGAAACCAUCAGCGAGAAGUUGUCGUCCAGACAACCCUCCUCCUCUGCAUCCUCGUCCAAACCACAGAGCAGCAGCACCAAGAGAUUACCGGCUCCCACCAUGAUAUGUGAUUUCUCAGCAGAGCCACCAAAGGUCUAUCCUCAUACCUGUUCCCUGUGCAACGCACAGUGUGAUCGGGCCGAGGAUUGGACAGACCAUGUCAAUACAGUGAACCACACCGCCGCCUGUAGAGACCUUCGCAACAAGUACCCUGAUUUGAAACCUGAAAGACCACGGAAGGACCACGAUGGAAGUCGGAGCCCAUGGCCGGCCAGAGGCCACACCAGCUCCCGCUCCCUCUCCUGGUCCCCCAGCCCAUCCCCCAGUAAACACAGACCGGGGCCCCUUCGCCACCGUCCCCACGCCAAGCCCUACCCUGCCCCCCGCCCCCACAGCCAUCAGCGCCACUCAGGUGAUAACUUCCAUUACGACCACCACCACCGCCGCCGCUCCCAGUCCAACAGCCCCAGCCCGGGCCACCAUGCGGGGGGCAACCGGCCGGACAGGAGGUCCUCCGGGUCCCCAGGAAGCUCGUCUCGCCAUGGUCUGAAGCGCACGUACGCCGACCCGCGCUCCAAGCAGGGCUUGCGCUCCAAGGCUGCAGCCCCACGGGGCAUCGCCCACGGGCCGGGGAAGACGGGGACCAAGCUGAAGCCCAGGCCGGUCGGGUCAAAGGUGACGGACCCGGCAACCAAAGGUCCCCCAGCUAAGAAGAAGAAGAGGGGGACCAACUGGCCCCCGCAGGGCUCCGGGGCUCAGGGACAUCUUGUCCACCUGGCCGGCCUCCCUGUGGACGCCACCCUGCAGGAGGUGGCGGAUCUGGUGGGGACAUUCGGCAAGAACACCAUCAACCUGUUGGCCCCUCCUGAGGAGAGGAGCAGGGCCAUGUCCGAAAGAAAGGCGUCGGUGUACAUGGUGAAAGCGGAGGAGGCCCAGGCGCUGGUGGACUGCACCACCCUCAGCAUCAGGCAGCAGGCGGUCACCGCCACCCUAGCCAAGAAACCCGUGGUGGCGCCAGCAGCCCCUGACCUCAAAGGAAAGCCCAGCCGUGAACCCAAGAAACCUGCUGUCAGUGGCAAAGGCAAAGCUCCACAGAAGGCUUUCAAAGAGAAGGGCAUGGUAUUGAUCCAAGGACUCCCUGACUCUGAGUGGACCAAGGCAGACCUCGUCGCCCUGGCCAAGCCCUUCGGUACCCCAUCAGACGUUGUCAUCGCGAGAGGCUGCCAAAAGGCGCUGCUGUGGCUGCCGGAUGUGGCCUCCGCAGAAGAGAUGGUGAAGGUUCACACCGUGACCCCGGUCCAGAUGGAGGGAUCUCGGCUGGAGAUGGUCAGCCUCAGGCUGCCCUGUACCCUCAAAACCCCUGUGGCCUUGUACAAUCUGUUGAAGAAGAGGUCACCAGAGAACACAGAGGAGGAUGAUGCGGUGCCUGGUUCCCUUGGGGAGGCGCCCUGCCCCACGGGAUGGAAGAAUGUGCUGGUGAUCACCAAUGUACCAAACACGCCCUCGGGCCCCGAUGAGGUUAUCCAACUGGUCCGGCGACUUGGAACGUUACGGAACUUUCUAGUGCUUGAGAACCGCAUGACCAUCUGCGAGAUGGAGACGCCACAGAUGGCGUUUUAUAUUUUCAGACGCUUCCAGAGGUUCCCUGGCGUCGCCCAGAACAAGGUCCUGUUGUUUACCCGCGAGGCCGACCCCAAACUGAAGACCUCCGCCGAUCUCCAUGUGACCAAGUCUUCGCCUGCCAACGGUGACAAGAGCCAAAAGAAGCCAGCAGCUGUCAGGGAAAACGCGGACAGAAAAGCAGAGACCAAGACGGGCAAAGCUGAGGGCAAGGGUCAAGUACCAGAGCCUGCAUGCACCCAGGACCGUCAACCCAAGACAGAGCAAAUCAAGGCUGCAGAGGAACCGAUGACUGCAGAGGAACCGAUGACUGCAGUUGAACCGAUGACUGCAGUGGAACCUCAGGCUGCAGUGGAACCUCAGGCUGCAGUGGAACCUCAGGCUGCAGUGGAACCUCAGGCUGCAGUGGAACCUCAGGCUGCAGUGGAACCUCAGGCUGCAGUGGAACCUCAGGCUGCAGUGGAACCUCAGGCUGCAGUGGAACCUCGGGCUGCAGAUGAACCUCAAGCUGCAGUGGAACCGAAGACUGCAGUGGAACUCCAGGGUUCAGUGGAACAGAAGACUGCAGUAGAACCAAUCGCUGCAGUGGAGAAGCAGGAUGCAUUGGAACCAAACGCUGCAGUUGAGAAGCAGGAUACAUUGGAACCACAGGGGUCGGUGGUUCCUCCCCUUGGAAAGAAGACCAAGACACCUCACACUGAUGCUGCAGAGGGCGUGACUCCUGAACUGCCCAAGGUCACCCCAGCGAUGGUGGAGGCACUGCUGGAGGAAUGCAGGACAAGGAGCCUGAGCCGGCAGGGCCAGCUGGAGGCAGCAGUCCCCCCCUCCAACACCGCCGCCGCCAGAAAACCACAGACCCCCCAAAAGAAGAAAUCUGCAGGCGGGCCGCCGGAGAAGAAGGAGCGAAGCCGAGAGGAGGGGAGAAAGAGGCAGGAGAAGGACUUGGAGAGGGAGGCCCGGCGGGACAGGGAGAGGAGAGACCGCAGAGACCGGGAGCGGGUUCGGGACUGGGAGAGAGAGGAGAGGAGGAAGAGGGACCGGGACCUGGGCUGGAGGGGGGAGGACGAAAGAGAGAGGAGGGACAGAGAGCGCUAUGAGGGAUCCAGAACCCAGCGGGAGGGCUCCUCCGGCUCCAAGUCCUCCGGGAUAUCGGAGGGCAGUCGGCUGAGCUCCAGGAGGGAUGGCCCCGAGAGGAGUAUGGCUGAGAAGGCAAACAAGGUUGUGGACGAGGAGGAGGAGAUGGACUGCUUCCCGUUUGACCUGGACAACUUUGUGACGGUGGACGAGGUGGGGGACGUGGCGGACCUCCCAGACGUCUCCUCUCUCCCCGAGCUCAUGGAGGCAGACACGGGGGUCGUGGAGGAGGUCACCAGCGCUGCAGCGUCAGGAGACGCGGCUGCAACUGCCUCACAGGAGGAAACGCAGGCCACAGCGUCACUCAGCGCCUUAGAGGAGGGCAUGGCUGCUGGAGACCCGCCCCCGGGGCCUGACUCCCAGCCUGGGGACCCAGUGGACUCAGAUCCUCAGCAGGGGGACCCGGCCUCCCAGGUCCUCCCUGAUCCACUCAAAGCCCCAAGCCCCUCAGACGAGUCCCCGCCCCGGGUCCACAACCCCCCGGGCCAGAAGGUGUCCCCCUCGGAGGCAGAGGCCACAAUCAAACCAGCAGGAACCACACCAGUAUUGGUGGAGGAGAGCAGGUCCCAUUCCAUUUCUGUGGUCCAUUCUUUCCCAGCAUGCACCAUGGUCAUAGCGGGCGACGACCCCAGUGUUUGGUCAAAGCCCUCCUCCCCUGGCGGCCGUUCGCCAGGAGACACCCCAGAAGAAGAAGAGAAGGUGGACCCCUGUUCGGACCCCACUCAGGUGAAGGAGGAGGUGGAGCCCAUAGUUCCAGGGGAGCCAGGGGGCCAGACCGGGAGCGAGGGGGGGGAGGACGUGCUGCCCUCUGAUGCAGGGGAAGUGAAGGAGCAGGGCUCGGAGGACCUAGAGAAGAGCGAUGUGGUGAGCAGGAAGAGCUCUCCUGGAGACGACGCCCUUAUGCCCUUUGACCCCAGCAGUCCUGUUGGUUUGGAGUUCCUGGUUCCAAAGACCGGAUUCUUCUGCAAAGUGUGCAACCGUUUCUUCACCGGAAGCCAGGAGGCACAAAUCAGCCACUGCAAGACACUGAAACAUUAUGAAAGCCUGCAGAAAUAUUUACAGCCCAAGAAGAUGGAAAAAUCUCCUGGCAAAUCUACCACAAGCUAGGUCCGCCCAAGACGACCUGAACAUCUAUCAUUCCUUGCCUUUUUUAAACAGUUUCUCCCUGUUGACGACUUAAUGGGAGAAGAGGGUCCAGUGUUUUUCUUUUUGUAAAGUCGUCGUUCCUUUUCAUUUUGAGUCGUUGAUUUUCUGGUUACAAUAUAUUAAUUCAUUUAUUGAAAGUGGAAGUAGGUUGCUAUGCCUAAUAAAAGAGGAUUUUAUUAACUUA